AUGUCGCUAGGGAGGGAAAGUGCUCCCCGCCGCGUGCGGAGACUGGCCGGCAUGGGUAAGUAUGAGCUCGCUGAAGAGCUUCUGCAGAGCGAUUGCGCUCAGCGCGAAAUGGCAUUCUCUGCGGCGGCCAUGGAGUUGGAAAGAGACGGUGCACAUCAGUGGAAUGCGCUGCAACGAGCCGAAGGUCAAUGCCUCUUGCAGCAGCGGCGCGCCGCAUCGCAAGAGAAGCGCGCACACUUUGAGUGUCUUCUCCGCGCACAAGCUGAACGACGCCGAGCGGACGAGGAGGAGCUCUCCCGGUUCGCGGCCUCCGAGACUGUGAAACUGCAAAGCAUGCCGAUAGCUGUUCCCCGCGAGGUGCUGGUACUGCAACAGCAGGAGACAGAGCUGAGGUGGGAAGGCAGCUUUUCUGAGGCUGCCAAGCGCCGCCGCGAUGCGGCGCGCCUAGAAAGAGAGCUUUUGGGCGCCUAUUUGUCCAGUCGCGGCAGCUUGCUUGAACACCGUAUCACUCGUCAGGCAGCUGCGUUGCUCAAGCGGGAAAAUAUAGCGCUAGAGAAGGAUGAUGUCAGCGCGGUUGCGCUGCAGGCGAAGCAUGCAGGGCAUCGUCGGUGUACCGUGGCGCAGCUGAGACACGUCGAGGAUGGGAUGCUCGCCGCACAGAGACGCACGCAUCGCCACUUGCAGGAGACGCGUGCGCGCGACGGCAUGCUCAGCUCUACGCACACCAAGACUCAGCGCGGUACUGCACUGGAAAAGCGUGUGUACGGCGAUGCCUACCGGCUGCCGUCGUUGUGCGAGCUGUACGGCUCUCUAAUGGAGGAGCGUCCUUCUACCUCACCAGCUGUGUAG